ACCAAUUUUGACAAGGUCUCUCUCUCUCUCUAGUACUUGAUUUUCCAGUGUACAUCAAGAAUGGGAAGUAGUUUCUUUGGUAGACCAAACAUCAGAGGAUCUUCGCCGUCUCCAACAUCAUCUUCUUCAUCUCCGGCUACGAGAAGAGGGAAGAAGAAUGGUUCCGAGAAGCCAAAGCAGCCACAAAGAGGCCUUGGGGUAGCACAACUGGAGAAGAUUAGAUUACACGGUGAGAUGAGUUGCAACAGCUUCAACAAUUACAAUCCUUCUUUGCAUCCUCAGGAGGAUGUGAGAGGAUAUUCAUCCAUACCAUCAUCAUCAUCGUCCUUUACAUAUGCAUUAUCAACACCAACAUCAACUCCUAAUGGCUUCUAUCCGAACAUGAUGGUAUAUAUCUGA